AUGACUCGAGUGUUGAUAGUCUCCAGUCCGUCGUUUUCCGAACAACGCUCUAGCUUAGAAAACUUAGUCAACCAGACCUCGCUGUCGAAGAAUUUGCAGGUGUUUUCGGCCAGAUUGACGGUUAUUCAGGCGGACGACCAUUCAGCACCUUCGGUGCACAACGGUAAAAAUCCGGAUAUGGUAUGCGGCGAGGUGGCGGCAACGGCGCACGAGGACUGUUUGCCAAGACAGACGAUGAUCGUGCAUCAACCCAGCACAUCCUCGCAAGUAACGUCCGAAAGCCAAACGCUGACCGUCACUGUGUCUGACGGCGAGGGACAGCAGGAAACGCGAACCGUGUACCCCGUUGAGUAUGUUACUGGUUCGCAGACCAGCGUCGAUGACGUAAUAUUCGCGGAAGCAACGGCAACCAGUCCGAGCAUCCAACAAAUACAGCACGGCACCACCUACGCUCUCUUUACCGACGAAAGCUCCUACAGCCCUCAGUUGAACUACUUCCAGGACCAGGAUUGUCGAACGAUUCACUGGCUGCUUCAAAACUACGAAACAGCAGAAGGAGUGUCGUUGCCCCGGUGCACUCUUUACGACCAUUAUUUAAAGCACUGCGCCGAAAAUAAAUUGGAUCCUGUAAACGCAGCGUCGUUCGGCAAGCUGAUCCGGUCCGUUUUUCUUGGUUUACGAACGAGGAGACUCGGCACCAGAGGUAAUUCAAAGUAUCAUUACUAUGGAAUUCGUAUCAAACCGAACUCGCCUUGGAACCGCUACAGUACAGAGAACAUGAACGCCGUACUGAGGCAACAGUUGACCUCCGCCAAAAAGAGGAAGGUGUGCACAGGCAACAGUUCUUCGUCGGUUGAACCCUGCUCUGAGACCGGUUCCGAGCAGCGUGAGGAAAUGACCAAAGGAAAACUUGUGAACGAAAGCCGCGAAGAAGCAGCGACGGCCGUUUCGUCGAUCGUUGUUCCAGAAUGCCAUAGACAGUGUUUGGGCAACGGCUACAUACCGGAAAUCAUACCCCCUUGUCCACAAAAACCGGAAAUCGAGCAUCUGGGCCUCAGCUUUGAGAUCGUGGAGAAGUUCUUCAAAGAGUACCGACGAAACUGCGAGGAAAUUUUGGAGAUGGUUAAAAAUCUCAACUUUAAUGCCGUCGACGACAUUUGGCGCCACUUUUGGCAAAUGGACGAAACACACGAAUGUUUGAAUGACGAAGAAGACAGUAGCGGCGUGCUUCUUCGUUCGUCGGCGGGGAGGUUGUCGCAAUCUCAGUUGUACAGUCUUUGCACGUUGGAAGCCGUCCAAAACUACAUACAGACGAUGGACUUCCAGUUCUACCAAGUGGUCGUCGACGUGCUAAUCGGCAACGUGUUGAAGCCGGUCCCUAGUAAGCAUUUUGUUCGCUCAGCGACUUGUUGA